AUGGCACGCAUGAUAACGAAUAUUCUUGCGCUUUUUGUGCUAUCAGUGACCGGAAUAGAAGGAGCAAGAAUAUUAGGAUUUUUCCCGACUCCCUCGAUUAGCCAUCAAGUUGUCUUCCGGCCUAUAAUUCACGAAUUAGCCAGACGAGGUCAUGAAGUAAUCGUCGUCACACCCGAUCCAGUAUACCCGAAAGGAAAAGCUCCUGCAAACCUAACCGAGAUAGAUGUACGCGAUGCUUCUUACAGUAAAUGGCAAGAAUUGUUUGUACAUCACAACGGAAAAAAACAAGAUUUAAUGCUUCAAGUGACGCUGAUUUUCGAAAGAUUUGCAACUAUAUUCGAUUCUCAGAUGGAAACACCAGAAGUGAAGAACAUGUUUAAAAAUAAAGACAGAAAGUAUUUUGAUUUACUUAUACUUGAAGCUUGCAACCGUCCGCUCAUGGGCUUGACUCAUGUCUUCGACGCACCAGUAAUUGUGAUUAGUUCUUUCGGAGCAGUUCCACUACAAUAUAGUUCAUUAGGGGCACCUACACAUCCGUUAUUGUAUCCCACACCAGGUCGACAGAGGUUAUAUAAUCUAUCACUUUGGGAAAGGGGUUUGGAACUAUUAAAACACGUGGGUCUGGAAUUUUUAAUUGCGCAUACCGAAGAAUUUGAUAACCAAAUAAUGAGAAAACACUUUGGCAAUGAUGUGCCUACAUAUGAAGUACUCAGAAAAAAAAUUCAAAUGAUGUUUCUAAACGAACAUCCUAUUUGGGCAGAUAAUCGCCCUGUACCGCCAAGCAUAGUUUAUAUUGGUGGCAUUCACCAAUCCGUUGAAAAAGAGCUACCUAAGGAUCUCAAAAACUAUUUAGACUCUUCGAAAAAUGGCGUCAUAUACGUAAGUUUUGGUACAAAUGUUUUACCAUCUAUUUUGCCACCAGAAAAAAUUCAAAUAAUGACAAAAGUUUUGUCUGAAUUACCUUAUGACGUACUUUGGAAAUGGGAUAAGGACACAUUACCAGGACAAUCAAAGAAUAUGAAAAUAUCUAAAUGGUUUCCACAAACUGAUGUUCUAAAUCAUCCCAAUGUAAAAUUAUUUGUAACUCAAGGAGGUCUACAAUCGACUGAUGAAGCUAUUGAUGCAACGGUGCCACUAAUUGGUAUUCCGAUGCUUGGCGAUCAAUGGUACAAUGUAGAAAAAUAUGUUCAUCUCAAAAUCGGAUUACAACACGACCUAAUGACCUUAACAGAGAACGAUUUCAAAAGUUCAAUCAAAACUGUCAUUGAAGAUAAAAGCUUCAAAGAGAACAUUAUCAGACUGAAGAAGUUGAUGAGAUCAUAUGCAAUCAAGCCCGCUGACAAUGCUGUUUGGUGGGUGGAACAUGUCUUGAAAUACGGUGGAAGCCACCUGCGAUCGCCUGCAUCUGAUAUAUCUUGGGUUGACUACUAUGAGAUCAAAUUAGUUCUUUUAACAUUAGCCAUUAUAAUGUCUAUUUUAAUCUUCUUAGGUAUCAUCAUAAAAUUAAUUAUUAGUAUUGUUUACAAAUUAUUAAAAAAUAAUAUUAAAGUAAAAACUCACUGAAUAGUAAGAUA